CUGGGCUCCUCCCGCUGAGCGGAACUGCGCGAUUCCUGGCAGCUCUGUGGGCCCGAACUGCGCGGGGAUUUCUAUGAGAUGUCAGGAGAAAGUGUGGUGAGCUCAGCCGUGCCGGCGGCUACAACGCGGACCACUUCUUUCAAAGGGUCCAGUCCCAGCUCCAAGUACGUGAAGCUGAACGUGGGCGGAGCUCUUUACUACACCACCAUGCAGACGCUUACCAAGCAGGACACCAUGCUGAAGGCCAUGUUCAGUGGCCGUAUGGAGGUCCUCACCGACAGUGAAGGCUGGAUCCUGAUCGACAGGUGUGGGAAACACUUCGGGACUAUCCUGAACUACCUGCGGGACGGCGUGGUUCCUCUACCUGAGAGCCGGCGUGAGACCGAGGAGCUGCUGGCUGAGGCCAAGUAUUACCUGGUGCAGGGUCUGGUGGACGAAUGCCAGGCUGCCCUACAGAACAAAGAUGCCUAUGAGCCCUUCUGUAAAGUGCCCUUGGUUACAUCAUCUAAAGAAGAGCAGAGACUCAUCGCCAAAUCAAAUAAGCCCACAGUCAAACUACUGUACAACCGAAGCAACAACAAAUACUCCUACACCAGUAACUCAGACGACAACAUGCUGAAGAACAUCGAGCUGUUUGAUAAGCUGUCUCUGCGCUUUAACGGCCGAGUGCUCUUCAUUAAGGACGUGAUCGGGGACGAGAUCUGCUGCUGGUCUUUCUACGGUCAGGGCAGGAAGAUCGCCGAGGUGUGCUGCACCUCCAUCGUCUACGCUACUGAGAAGAAACAGACGAAGGUUGAGUUUCCGGAGGCGCGGAUCUACGAGGAGACGCUGAACAUCCUGCUGUACGAGUCUCAGGACGGCCGUGGGCCGGACAACGCCCUGCUGGAGGCCACAGGGGGCGCUGCUGGACGCUCCAAUCACCUGGAUGAAGACGAGGAGCGCGAGCGUAUUGAGAGGGUGCGCCGGAUUCACGUCAAACGACCCGACCACGAUCGCACGCACCACCACCAGUGACCUCCUCCUGUCUGCUCCACCCCCGCGAACCCCCCGACCCUGUGCCUUAAAGACCACCAGCACUUCAGUUAUCCCCCCCAUCUCUACUCCUGACCUCCUGCAGCAACUGUGUACUCACUCACCAGGCUGGAGAGUGAGAGAAGGACACACACACACACAUAUAUAUAUAUACAUACACACACACACACACACACACAUACAUAUACACACCCAGCCGUUAUAACUCUGUCAGCUCAAAUACUGAAUACAUUAGGCUGGCGGAAAUUCUUUACACAAUGUUUUUGAAGGAAUUACAUUCUUUCUUUUUCUUUUUUUGUCAAAUAAAUGCUCAUAAAACUAGGAUAUUAUGCUUAAUUUUGUUAAUUUUUUUAUUUGAAUUAUCUAUUUUAAUUCUCAGUAAGUUUCCACACCCGACACAUUCAAUUCAUCUUCUGUUUUCCCCACAUCGUUGUGCUUUAUUUAAUGAAUGUAGCCCAUUUUCAGAACAAUUCCCACAAUGUUACACAGCUGAAUGAUGGAGUAUUUAGCUAAUUUCUUCAGUCCCAGGCGUCCAAAAACUGCACCCAAACCCUUCUGAACCUCUGUGAUGGGGCUUUCUUUGUUCUUUGACAUCUUCUUGUUGUUGUUUGAGGGUCCUUGUGCUAAAGCAGCAUUUGCAGCAUAGUCUGCACAAGAGCUGUUUGCAGUUGUGAGCGUUUAUAUUUGUGUUCUACUUCUUGUGUCCGUGUCUGAAGUUUACACCGAGAAGGUAGAAAUGCUCAGUGGACCAAUCACAGCUGCUGCAAGGCAUAGUAUAGAAGAAGCAUUGAAGCAUAAAUUGGUCUGUAGUGAGCAGCGAUUCAAUGGUUCCCAGCAGCAUCUUAACUCAAAGCUGAUUCUCUUAAGCUACACAGCAGGUAAAGGUAACCCAAAUCUGUUUUUUUUUUUUUUUUUUUUUUUUUUUAACCAAAUCCAUUUAUUUAUUUUAGGCGCUUCCACACUAAAGAGCAGCGCUUCACGUGAAGUUUCAGUUUCAUCUUCUCCAGCUUUAUGGGCGAUAUCAAGGAGUUCCAGGGUCUGUAGCUUGGAUUUUCAGAGAAUGCAUUCCAGUCCAAAUAUAUGUAUUAAGUCACACCCACUUCUUUCUUUAAACUUUUUUGUUUUUACGCUAUUUCAUUAGAAACUUAAAAGCCUCUUUAUUCCAUUUAAACAGAGCCAUCAGUCCAAAUAUAUGUUUACUUAUGAGCUCUGUUAUUUCGCUAUUUACUCACUGCUUUCAUACAUUUUUUUCAAGUCCUAAAUUUAAAGACUGAAAUGUAAAAGUCUUAAAUAUCUAUCUAUCUAUCUGUCUAUCUAAAUUCUGAUCUGGCUGUUUAGACAAAGCAGAAAAUGAAAAUUUGUCAAUCAGCUCACACACCCACACAAAUAAUACAUUUGUGAAUACACCAAACAGGCGGACCUUCUUUACAUAAUGUUUUAAAAGGAAUUACAUUCUUUCUUUCUUUGUCAGAAAUAAGAAAUAUACUAUCUAUAUCUAUACUGUCUAUCUGAAUUCUGAUCUGACUGUUUGAAUCUGACAAAUUUUUAAUAUGACCCAUACAAAUAAUACACAUCUGUCGCAUAUAAUGAUGAAAAUUUGGAUUUAGAUUCGGUUCACUUUUACCUGCUGUGUGAACGCAGCUAGAAACUGGAUUCUAGCUGUUGAGUGUUUCUGUCGUUCGUUCAUUACUCGUCGAGUCUCUCUUGCUGUGUAUUUGUGUGUUUAGCUGAUACUGGAGGAAGAGUUUGUCGUUGAGAGAUUUGGCGUUGGUGUUGUUCCAGCCUCAGUCAGCAGAGGGCACUGUUGUGUGCUGUUUUUUUAUAAUGAUUUUUUUCUCUUUUCUCUUUUCUUUUUUUAUUGUCGGAUAGUAAAGCGCUCCUCGGCGUGAGCAAUAACUAACAGCAGGAUCGUCAGCGAUGCUCAGUGCGUGUGAGCUGAAGCCGGGUCUCGUUUCAGGGCUGGAUGUUUAAUUAUUCGCAGGCAGGUAACGCGGUCUCCCCGUGGGGAUGCUAAGUGAUUACGCUGGGGGUGAAUCCGAGACGUUGGGUUGUGUGAGGCUGGUUCAGUAACAUCGUAAUCAGAUAUCGCUCUGCUGAGAGAGUUCGGUCACAUCGUUUUCUCAAAGAUGGUGUCAUCUAUGAUCCAUUUGUUCUGUUCAUGUGGGGCUGGACGAUAAUGCAGUUUCAAUAUAUAUAUAUAUAUAUCAAUAUAUCAACGACAUAAUGAUUUCUGAUAUUUUAGUUUACGGUAUUAUAAAAUCUCUCAGUGAUUGACAUUAAUUACAGGGCAUGUUACAUCCAAUUUCAGCAUUUUUGGCUUUGUUUUUCUUAAGCUUUUUUUAAUGAUAAAUAUUGUCACUGGAAAUGAUCGUAUUGGACAAAAUUAAGGAGUAAGCUGCGAUAUAAAUCUGUGGUGAGAUUUUCAAUAUAUCAAGACAAUUAUCUAUAAUAUUUCACAGCAUCUGUUAGUGUUACUGAAGAGGAUAAAAUAUUCUUAAAUAUUAUUGGUGUCAGUUCCUCGAAAUUUGACAAGCAAUAUUCUUCCCCGCAGAUUUAUUUGAUUAUAUAGCGCCAUCAUGUGGAGUAAUGAAGCAACAACUUUAGUAAGUCUCAUAAUUGGGGGGCGUGUCUUUUUAGGGAGUUUAGUAGCUUCCAUGUUUCAUAAAAUCGGACAAUAUUUGACGCAACGUAUCAAAAAUGCAUCAAAUGAAAACCAUACAAUACAAUAUAUCGCAAUAUUGAUAUUCUGUCUCAUCCCAAUAAAUAAAUUGUAGCCGUAUCGUCCAGCCCUAUGUUCAUGUAAUGAAUAGAAAUCUAUUAAAGACAAAAACCCAGUUCUAGAUCAAUAGUCCAGCCCAACAUUCAGAUCAUGGUAUAAUCACAUAAAGUACUGAUCCAGAAUCAGACUGAAACUGCAGUCGAGCAACACAAACAACAUUAUUCCACCAGAUCUUUCUGUAACCCCAGUGUUCUGCUCUGAUUCUUUUUUUGUUCUUUUUUUUUUCAGUUAAAGGCGUAUUUAGAGAUGAAUUAAAGGCUCUGUAUACUGUAGAGACGUUUGUACAGAUGUGCACAUGAUGAAUAAAAGAAAUGUUUUACAUACGAUUAUAUUUAUACACACCUUAUAGCGAAUAAAGAUUUCUACAACUUUCGUAGACCAAA